GGCGCUGCGGCAUCAUUCAUCUCUUCCACCGACCAACCUGGGUGCGCACCUCUCCGUGCCGGGAGCACCGCAGAGCCGCAGCCGGCGCCCCGAGCAGCUGCCGAAUCGUAAGAGGGGACGAUCAGCAUAAGGAGAGGUGUUCCAAAUUUUCUCAAAUUUAACAUUAGACCUGCCAAAUUAUAUUCAUAGAAAGAAUUCUUCCACAUCAAAACCUCCCGUCAUUUUCAGCACCUGUAAUUUUAAACACAGCUUUUCCACGGUCGAACGUCUCCAUAUCCAUAUAAAGCAAAAUGUCAGGCGUCAAGGAGAAGAAAUCUUGCAGCCAGAUUAUGGACGAAUGGAAAGCAUUUAUGUGGAAUCCUACCACCCAUGAAUUCAUGGGCAGGACGGCAACUAGCUGGGCCUUGAUCUUACUCUUCUACAUUGUCUUCUACAGUUUCCUGACUGGUCUCUUCAGUCUUACAAUGUGGGUCAUGUUACAGACAUUAGAUCCAUAUGAGCCUACAUAUCAGGACAGACUGUCCAGUCCAGGAGUGAUGAUCCGCCCACAAUCGGAUUCCCUCAGCAUCGCCUUCACCACCAACAACACGGAGAGCUGGGAUGGCUACACCAAUGCACUGGAUACCUUCUUAGGAUCUUACAAUGACUCCAUACAGCUCGCCAACAAUGACAACUGUACACCCGACCAGUACUUCUUGCAGGACGACAAUGGUGAUGUACGAAACAACCCCAAGAAGUCAUGCCAGUUUAACCGGACAAUGCUGGAAAACUGCUCAGGGAUAAUGGAUCGCACCUAUGGAUAUGCAGAAGGCAAGCCGUGUGUCAUCAUCAAAAUGAACCGGAUCAUCGGGUUUAAACCAGGAAAUGAUACCAAUCCUGCAUAUGUAUCCUGCACAGGAAUGAGGUACAAAGCUGGCAAGGAUAUAUGGAAUGAUGACUCGAGCAAAGUUGGUAACAUCGCUUACUACCCUGCUGGUGGCAUCUUCAAUAAGAUGUAUUUCCCCUACUAUGGAAAGAUUACACAAGUAAACUACUCCCAGCCCCUGGUUGCCGUCAAGUUUUUGAAUCUGACACUAAACACUUUGAUCAACGUGGAAUGCAAAGUUGUGGCCACAAAUGUUGCAACCAACGAUGACCGAGACAAGUUUGCUGGUCGUGUCUACUUCUCAUUGCAAGUCAGCACGAGUCAAUAAGAGCAGCUGUAACCUCACCGGUACCAUCGCCCUUCCUCCCCUUCCCAUCUUUUUAACUGUCCGCUCACCUGUUCAUCCCCUUCCCCUUCUCCAGGGAAAUGGCGUGUCCUCACUCAUAUAUUUUGCACUGGACUUGCUGCUGUUUGGCAAGUGAGAACUGUGAAGGAAUAGUACCAACAGCUAAUAAGACAUGACAGCUGGCAGCAUGCUGGGGGACGGGAGGAGGGGAAGGGGGAGUGGUUGGGGGGUUGCCACUCAUUGAACUCAUAGCCUAGUGGUGAUUUCCAGGAUAUUAUGGGAGGGCAUAUUCCCGUAUUAAAAUGAGAAGUAGACCCAAGUGAAAGAUGAAGACUUGAAUCAUUGAAAUGGAACCUCUUGCUACUUCUGACAACCCCGAUGAUCACAAUCUCUACACCAGUUUCAAUUUUUGGCUCAAAGGGAUGGUGGCCAUUAAGGUGACAAAGUUCUUUGGUGGCUUGUAAACCACUGCAAUGUUUAAUCCCCAAGUUCACAUUCUUUCUUUCUUUCCUUCUCUAUCUCUCUCCCUCAUAUUUCUUUGACUUUUCUUCUGCUCACUAGCUGUCACCCCCAUCUGCCCAGACCCCACCAUUUCUUCCCACUGUCCUAUCUUGACUCUAUGUCCCUUUUUGGCCUUCUCUCUCUCCAGUGCACCUCUAAUUCAGUAAUAGUCUAGAUUCAGAAUUGUGUGGGAUGUGAUCCAAGGAAGAAAUCUGCGCUACUUUCAGGCUGUGCCACAUCCCUCUUUGGAGACCAUUUGGGUGUCAUCUGUCUUGCUCAGCACUUUUAAAAAAAUUUGAAACGGCAGGGAAAUGUAGGAAGUGAGGAUCCUGAGUGCUCACCGGCUAAAGAUUUGUAUAAAUGGAAACAAUCCAUCUCUUGAGGUCAUGAGCCAAAGGUUAUGUUCUUUUAUGAAGAAUGCUCUAAUUUCUUUUUUGGAAUUGGAAUUUCCAGAAAGUGCAAUACACAGAUGAUACUUGGCCCAACAAAGAUUUUAAGAAGCCCCCACUAACUAUCCCCCCCCCCCCAAAAAAAAAAAAGUGAAUCAGACAUCAUGGUCUUUUAAAGCUUGACCGACUUUUGAACAUUGGGUAGGAGGAUAUGAUGCAGCAUGAGAUCUCAGUGGCACACUUCAAUUCCAUUCAAGCCGCAUCCUCCAGUCAUGCCCAGCUAUCUAGAACUGGUGUCCCACAAUUUAUUUUAUUUUGUUCAUGUUGCUGUUGCUUAAUGUUUUAUUUUCUUAUAAUGCCUCCAGCAUUUAUAUGUUACUAAGAAAUGCCUCAUUGAGUAGCUGUCUUAAGAAACAUAUACUAUUAACGGGGCAUGGAGGUCACCUUAUUUUCCAUGAGAGCUGCUGGCUCUUUUUGUCAUUAGGAUGUUGAACUACAAAUAAUGUGAUUUGGAAAACCUGAGUGCACCUCUCUGCCCGCUCUGCUGUUCUGUUGUCUCUUAGAUAACUGUUCUGCUUUUAUUUAUUUUUUUUGCGCUUUAAUUACGAGAAUAAUACAGUGCCCUUAAACUUGACUACUACUCCUAUGGUCAGUUCCAAAGUAUUUUGAAUAAAUUCACUCCAUGCCCUUUAUCACCCCUCUGUGGGUGGUCCCAGCCCCACUUCCAUUCUUCUCGCUAAUGCUGCAUCUGCUGUCAUUCUAAGCUCCGCCUUAUGCACCUUCUGUAAUGGUUCCAUGUACAGUAACUUCCACUUAGGAGCGCCAAAUUCCAUUAGGUCCUCUCUGGUAUCCAGUCUAACCAAAAUAAUCUACACUCCCUCCAUUAAAAAAUUAAAACAACCAAAAUAAAAAUAACUCUGGCCUUCAGUACAUUUCCUCUCUUUUCAUCAUUUAUUUUCAUGUGAUGACCCGGGGUGUCUAGAAGCAAUAUUUAGCCUGGCUGUAAAUAUUUUAUUUUACUUUGUUAUUAUUAUUAUUUUGCCAUAAACUUUUAAACUUUGAAAUCUAGGUUUUAAAAAAAUAAUCUUGAAGGAUUAGAUAGAUAGGUGUGUAGAUAGAUCUUUAUAAUUGGAUUAUGGCCUACCUCCUCCUUACAAAGGGGGUAGUAGAGGACACCAUUUAUUGAACUUUAUUGACUUGUCUUGGAGUUUGAAUGAAGUAUGCUUGCUUAUUUUCUCUAUUAUAAAUAAAUAUAUUGAUGAUGUAUGUGUGUGUUUAUAUGUAUAUAUAUAUAUAUAUAUAUAUAUAUAUAUAUAUAUAUAUAUAUAUAUAUAUAUAUAUAUAUAUAUAUUAUAAGGAAAGGGAGAAAGAGAAAUAAGGAACACAAGAAGUUAUUCUGGUGGCAAAAUUGCUUAGGCAAAAAAGCUGUUGGUUUCUGAUCACCUCAGCACGUUUCCUGUUGCUUACUAUAUUGAGGGUGGAGGCUGGAGCCUCAGUCUGUAAAGAAGAAAGGCACUGGCCAGAGUGGGUUGCUUAAGAACUAGCAGGACUUUAUGGAACUCUUAAAAAGUGAACGUUUUCUGAGCAUCCUAUAAUUCGCCAUGCUGCUAUGGUCCUCACCCCAUCUUGUUUCAUACUAUAUGUCCAAACGAGCCAAGUUAAUCUAUAACCCAAGGGGGUAUAGAUUUGCUUUUUUUUGAUCAAAGUAUAAUGAAAGAUGCUAUAUAAAAGUAGAAAAGUGAAAAUUAGUACAUGAUGCGGGGCUGCCUUUUAUAGUGGAAUGGGUGAAAUGCCAGAAUGAAUAAAUGCAAACACAAAAGAUAUCCACACAGUAUCUAAAACAACUUUGAAUGUGCUUAUUUUUCUCACAUCAACAGUAUUAAAGAUAAAAUUCUUUACAUUUCCAACACUUGGCCUCAAUAAUGUAGUCUCAAGACGACCUGCAUGAUUAUAACCUUUUCUUUUGAUUUCUUUUUUCUGCUUCAUAACCCCCUCUCCCACCUGAUUUGUGUUACCCAUUUUUCUUGCCUGUGCAGGCUACAUGACAUCUGCCCACCUCGAAUGUGACGAUUUCUUAAAACUAAAAUGCCCAGUGUGCAUUGUCAAAAACAUACACGAGGACAGCCAUAAAGGCAGGUUUGCUAGAUUGGGUAGCCAGCCAUCUAUUUUGUUUCCUAGUAACAAAGCGGUAUAAAAUUCCCGAGGGAUGUCACGUGUGUGCUUGCUCAUAAGAUUGACCCCUACAUCUCUCUAUAGGUGGACAGACACAGAACUAGAAGAAGACUGAGAAUUUAAGACCCCAUUUUUUUUUCUUUUUAAUACAUGUCCAAAAGGUAGAGCUGCUACUGACCCCGAUAGGAUACAAUCUCCUUUAUGAUGAAUGAGGUUUUUGUAUUCUGCUGCUGAUAUGAAAUGGUGUAUAUAUGGUACUAUAAAACAAAUUAUUUAAGCUUUUUUUUUGGAAAAUAAUAAUAAAAAAAACUAAUAAAACAGAUUCAAUAACAAAAAACAAAGAUUCAAUCUGCUUUAUGUGCUCCCCUAUCCACAAGACACCACUGUAUGAAUGGAGUUGUAUUGCUUUCAACUUUUUAUUAUUAUUUUUUCUUGCAUAAAUAUUUAAUGCCUGUAUCAAACUGUGGAAUCUAAAUUGAAAAUAAAAAAUAAUAAUUUUGUGUUUAA